AUGGAUCAAAAUAGAUUACAGCCACAGAACUGGAUUCUCCCGCUGCUGGAGCGCCGGUCAAGUAGAGCAACAGGGAGCUGCAGAUUCAAGAGGUCAAGCAAGCCUCUACAGGUCGCGGUGAUAAAUAUCGAUAGGAUCCCAGCUCCAACUGCAUAUUCUGUCAGUAAAACACCAAACCAUUGUAUGUUAGACACUACUAACAGGCAUAAUGGCUUUACCAAGGAACAGAGACUUCCUCCAUCUGGAAGUUUGCCUUCUAACCCAUCAUCAGGGGGAAUGAAUUCUCAGAGCAACUCUGCCAGGAUUGGCUCCAACUUACCUAAGGCUAUGCAAUUGAAAAUAAACCAUUUGGUUAAUUCUCCUUUCAAGCACAGCACUGUAUCUCAUCUCCAUCACAUGCAUUGCUUUUCCCCUGGAGAAGAUUGGAAGUUUGAAAUCCUGAGCGAAAUAGAGCACAUUAAGAAACUGCAGAGUGAACUGAAGCCCCUUCAUUAUCGCCAUUUGGAGACAGGUCAGCUGCUGAAAGCCAGACUGAAGCCCCUCUAUCCUGUGGUGGUUGACGGACCGAGCAUUGCUCAAUGUAGAGGAAUUUUGCCAGGUGCAAGCCAAACUGAGGAAUGAGCAUCCAUGAGCGGCUAUUCAACAGAUUGCCUUUUGAUGCUUGUGAGAGAGAGCCCUUUAACACACUCCAUCUCCUCUCUAAAAGGUGGAGACUCUUGAAAUCUGUGACAAUGGGGAAUCUUCAUGGAUUGCUUUCCUCACCCAGGUGGACUUUCCUACAGCAGUGUUACCAUCGGGAACAGUGAGUCACCCUUGGGUAUGAAGACAAGGCCAACACUUCAUGAACUAGGGUCACGCAGGACAAAGUGAUGCCAAUGUAUUGUGAGACUUUUGACUUUGCAAUGGUUGACUGUUGGUAUUAGACCCCCAGAAAUUGGCGAUAUAAUUUGGCCUGACAGUCGAGAGGAUUUGGAUAUUUGAAAGCUCUUC